AAAUAACUGCAAGGUCGCUGAGUUUCCGCCAACGACUUGCAGCCUUGCACGCUCGUCAAUAUAUUGAAUGUUGCAAGCCCUAAAACCCGCUCGUACGGGGACAUCAUACUGGGCAAGAAAUGUCAUCUAUGCCGAUCGCAGUAUCAUCGUUUUGAACAAACCUGCAGGACUCAUCUGCCAAGGCUCCGACGCUUCCUCCGAAAACAAACCUCGAGAUGUUGACAAAUUCAAUGACCUACUUUGUGACGUAAAAGAUACUUUUGCCUUGGAGAGCCUGCCGUACCCUGUCCACCGCCUUGAUAAGACUACCACCGGGACGCUACUGUUAGCGCGCAACUCCUCAGCUGCUCGUCAGUUUUCACAACAAUUUCAGUCGCGAGUAGUAGAGAAAACAUAUUUGGCUCUUGUCCGUGGAGGAGAGAAGUCCUUCCCGAGUCGCAGUGGAGAGAUUAGGGACGCCCUGGAAUUUAGUAAUGGGCGUGUGUCUAUAGGCGAGAGCUGUGGUGCCAAGUUUGCUGCUACUGAUUGGGAACUUAUUGCGUCUUCCCCCAUAGCACCGCUGUCGCUGCUCAGGCUAACUCUGCACACAGGACUGAAACAUCAACUUCGCAUUCACCUGGCACAUUCCUUGCACACGCCUAUACUGGGUGAUAGUUUGUAUACGAGGAGUAGCAUUUCCGAGAAGAUUGCUAAGAUCACCCGACUACCCGAGAAGAGGAUGUUCCUGCACGCAGCGCAGUUGACGCUCUCAAGGUACAGAAAGACAGGGCCCAACAAACACUUCCGACUCAGGAUCGGGGCUCCCAUACCCAAGGACUUCCUCACAAUAUGUAGAGAUGCAGGAAUCUCGUUGGACCACAUAUAUGUUGACGGUGGCCUGUCCGUUGACGGCCAGCAUGUUAGCGAUGUUCCAGAUCUUGAAGGCAGAUGGCUACAAAAACCUCCAGUACCGCGCCCAUAAUCGCUGACGAAAUAGAGCGUCAUCGUGUGUUGCACGAUAUGUACCUAAUUUGAAACCACGUAGAGCGGGGACUAGGGCUACACCCUACCCUUCAUCUUACCUCAUUUGUUGCACUGUGGAUUACUCAGCCUUUUGUUUUGGGCUCGCAUAGAGUUGGACGUUCAGGAUGUCUACUUAAAUUGUAGCGUUUUUCGCCAGGGAUAUAAACAUUUUAUCAAAAGACUUGUUUGUUAGUGG